GACACUGCAUGCGGCAUUUCACGAUUUCACCUGUACUGUAGUAGACUGUUGUAGAUGUAGACCAGUUUAAUUCUACUGUGUUCAUUGUAAAUUUAAUUUAUAAUAAACUUAUUUAAUUUGUGUUAAACGUGAAUUAUAGUAAUGUCCAUGGAGACUGUACCGAAAGAUUUGCGUGGAUUAAGAGCAUGUUUAGUAUGCUCUUUAAUUAAGACUUUCGAUCAGUUUGAAUUUGAUGGCUGUGAUAACUGUGACGAGUUUCUACGCAUGAAGAAUAACAAGGAUAAUGUUUUUGACUGUACAAGUUCAAACUUUGAUGGAAUGAUUGCUGCAAUGAGUCCAGAGGAUAGUUGGGUAUGCAAAUGGCAAAGAAUAAAUCGUUUCUGCAAAGGAGUUUACGCCAUAUCGGUAUCUGGAAGAUUACCAGCUGGAGUAAUUAGAGAAAUGAAGAGCAGAGGAAUAGCGUAUAGGCCACGCGACACGAGCCAACGUUAAUCAUUAAAACUUUUUUAUUUUCUGUGAUACGUAGAUAACAUAAUAAAUUCUUUUUAUAUUGCAUAAUAACUAGAUAACUAAUUGAAAUGUAAUUAUCAUUAAUUUUCAUGUUUAUCAUAGUUUCAUCGCUCCAUUUUUAUAUAUAUCAUCGUAUGUAUGUCAUUACUGAGAAUUCUCAAUAAGUUUAAUAAAUUAUUAUAAAUAU